AUGUCACAACUCUGUCGGUCCGUCGUGCAAUCGGUGGCGCAUCGCUUCCUCGCCCCAAGCACGCGCUCGCAACUACAGGACGGAGAAGAGCACGAGGACGACUACUAUGAGCCACUACGCGAAGAAGAUGGCCCGCGUGCUCAUCCCAAGUCGGACUAUCAUCCCUCUGCGGGCCCUAGCAGGUCUACCCCGCCGCCUGGCUAUCGCAAGAAACGACACUGGGUCUUUACGAGCCCUGCAUUUUUGGCUCUACAAGCGUCAAAGCGGGCAUCGGCUGCGUCCUCGAAUGCGGUCCCCGCCUCCUCUCCGGUGGUCGUAGCUGCCCCAACCGCGCCGGUCGUCAAUCCGUCCACCGAAGUCGAUACUAGCACAUCCAAGAUGCCAUCAUCCGUGGCUGGCACUAGCGCCGUCGCCGCCACCGCCACCGCCAAUGACACCACCGUCACUUCGCCCGUGCUCACCGCAGGAACUGACUCGCCGAGCGCUCCGGGCACCUUGCCGACCCAGAUCGCGCCUAUACGUCUCCCAGAAGUUGUAUUCUCUCCCGCUGCCGUAUCUCGCGAGGUUACACCAGCCCCUGAGAUAUCUGCGUCCAACGCUCCCGGAUCUCCUUCCCCGUCCUCUCUACCAUCGCCACCGCCUUCUCCAGCCAAGGUGGUAGACACACCGCCCGCGCAACCGAGUGCGAGCCGUCCCUCGUCGCCUAGGCCUGUCUCUCCUCAGCCUCAGUCCGACUCUUCCCCAGGACCGAGCAACGGCAAACGUCAACGGGAGGACGAACCCGCCUCAGCCCUCGACGACGCGCCCGAGCCGAAGAAAGUCAAGAAGAAGAUCCCCGACAUAUGGAAGGCAAAGCCCAUCAGGGACACGAGCGCCCUGCGCACCGGCUUGCGUCGUGACCGCUCUCCAAGCCCUUGCGAGCCGUUCAUGCGACACGCACGUCUCAUGGCGAUGAAGGAUCGCGCGAAGGCAAAUGGCGAAGUCUUCGUCCCGCCGGUCUUGACGCCCACGCGCCAAUCGAAGCGCGUGCAGGAGAAGAAGGCCACUGCGUCGGAUUCGCCAUCUGCGACGGAGUCGAAGGCGAAGGCGACUCCGAAACGCGGGAAGGCGGCGAAGCGGAAACGCAGUGAUGGCGAGGAUGAGGACGAGGAUGAGUACGUGGACUCACCGAAGAAGAAGCGUGCGACGCGCAAGAAGGCCCGCUUGGAGGAGCCAACUGUAGGAGAGCACCUGGAUGGCGACGAGUUCGUGCAACCGCUGGCUCUGCGUCGCUCAAGGAGGACGACUGCUUCUCCGCUCAAACCUUACCAUUAA